GCGGCGCACUGUCUGCAGCAUGUCUUAGUGUCUCUCUCUCGCUCGCGCUGAGUGGAUCUUUCUCUAUCUCUCUACCUCUCUCUCUCUGUGUGAGAGAGUGUGAGUGCGUUUUCUUUUAUUUUGUUCCUCUCUCGCUCUCCGCGUGUCUCGCGCUGCUCCAUGCCUCCUCGCGCAGUGAGUGUGUGUGAGUGACUGUGUGUGUGAGUGUGUGUGAGUUUGAGCUGCGAUGCGGAUCGUCGUGUUGCCGCUGCUGUGGGGGCUCGCGGAGGGGGCUUUCCCCAGCAGCGUCCAGAUAGGUGGGCUGUUCAUCAGAAACACUGAUCAGGAGUACACAGCUUUCCGAUUGGCCAUAUUUCUGCACAACACCAGCCCCAACGCCACAGAGGCACCUUUUAACCUUGUUCCGCACGUGGACAACAUCGAGACCGCCAACAGCUUUGCCGUCACCAACGCCUUCUGUUCGCAGUACUCGCGGGGUGUGUUUGCGAUCUUUGGGCUGUAUGAUAAGCGCUCAGUACACACCCUCACCUCCUUCUGCAGUGCUCUGCACAUCUCCCUCAUCUCCCCCAGUUUCCCUGCCGAGGGGGAGACGCAGUUCGUCCUGCAGCUGCGGCCCAACCUGCGGGGGGCGCUCAUCAGCAUCCUCGACCACUAUGACUGGAACCGCUUCGUCUUCCUUUACGACACAGACAGAGGAUAUGCCAUCCUGCAGGCCAUCAUGGAGAAGGCGGGUCAGAACGGCUGGCAGGUGAGCGCCAUCUGUGUGGAGAACUUCAACGAUGCUGGCUACCGGCGCCUCCUAGAAGACCUGGACCGCAGGCAGGAGAAAAAGUUUGUCAUUGAUCUGGAGGCAGAACGACUGCAGACCAUACUAGAACAGGCGGUGAGUGUAGGGAAGCAUGUAAAGGGAUAUCAUUACAUCAUCGCCAACCUGGGUUUUAAGGAUAUAUCUCUGGAGAGGUUUAUGCACGGUGGGGCGAAUGUCACAGGUUUCCAGCUGGUGGACUUCAGUAAGCCGAUGGUCAUCAAACUGAUGCAGCGCUGGAACAAACUGGACCAGAGGGAGUACCCUGGCUCAGAGAGCCCGCCCAAGUUCUCAUCCUCGUUGACAUAUGACGCCGUGCUGGUGAUGGCCGAGGCUUUCCGCAACCUUCGGCGGCAGAAGAUUGACAUCUCUCGCCGAGGAAAUGCUGGAGACUGCCUGGCCAAUCCGGCGGCUCCUUGGAACCAGGGCAUCGACAUGGAACGCACAUUAAAACAGGUGCGGAUUCAGGGUCUGACGGGGAAUAUUCAGUUUGAUCAUUACGGACGCAGAGUAAACUACACCAUGGACGUAUUUGAACUAAGAAGCAACGGACCUCAAAAAAUUGGCUACUGGAAUGAUAUUGAUAAGCUGGUGCUGGUGCAGAAUGAGUUGGGUGCAGGAAAUGGAUCAGCCAUGGAGAACAGAACCGUCAUCGUCACCACCAUCAUGGCGAUGGAGAAUUUUACUUCAGCAGGAGGUUCUCUGCCGACGCUGGUGAAGAACCCUCUCCUCAGACACUGAAAGGAACCCACAGGGGACAGGAUGACCUCUCUGACAGUGACUCAGUUAGAACCUGGACUGAAGCGCUGAAUGUUGAAUUACUUUUGCUCAGCGGACUGAGAGCAGUGUGAUUGUGUCAGCAUGUGGAAUAUAUAUUUAUAUAUGAGUCAUCGCUCAGAGCUGCCGGUGUGUCGCUGUGUUCAUGAUACUGCUUUCAUUUUCACUGUAGAAACUUCUGUUCUGUAAAGGUUUCUGAUUUGUGGGAGUUUUGAUGAUGGUAUUCUCAUUUGAUCUUUAAAUCAACCUUAGAUACAGUAAGUUUUGUAAGAUACCUACCUGCUAUUGUAUGGCUACUGGUUGACUGCAGUGUCAGUAAUAAGUCAACAAUGUAAAAGAUAUGAAUUGUUAACUUGUUAGUUACUUGAAAACAAAAGAACUCUAUAGUCAUUCUGAAAGAUUGUAAUAUACUACAGAAUGCAUAGAGAUGCUCAUUAAUAUCCUAUUAAACUGUGCACUCAUUCUGACAGAUUGUAGUACACUCUAAAAAGUGUAGGGGGCACUCUGUAAUGCUUUAUAUGGGUCAUAUAAUCUAAUUCUUAAUUUUCACAGACUGAAAAAUAGUACAGAAAGCAUAGGGGUGCUCAAUAAAAAAUAUUUUAAACCAUGUACUCAUUCUGACAGACUGUAAUACACUCUAGGAAGUGUAGGGGUGCUGUAUAAUGUUUUGUAAUGUUUAUAUGAUUAACUCUGUCAUUGCGACAUACUGUAAUACACUCUAGGUAGUGUAGAGGGGGCACUCCGUAAUGCUUUAUAAGGUUCAUAUAAUCUAAUUCAUCAUUUUGACAGAUAGUAAUAUACUACAGAAAGCAUGGGGUGCUCAUUAAUGUCUUAAUAGACUGUGUACUCAUUCUGACAGACUGUAAUACAUUCUAGGAAAUGUAGGGGGCACUCUGUAAUGCUUUAUAAGGUUCAUAUAAUCUAAUUCAUCAUUUUGACAGAUAGUAAUAUAGUACAGAAAGCAUGGGGUGCUCAUUAAUGUCUUAAUAGACUGUAUACUCAGUCUGACAGACUGUAAUACACUCUAGGAAAUGUAGGGGGUGCUGUAUAACGUUUUGUAAUGUUUUGACAAACUGUAAUACACUCUAGGGGGUGUAGGGGCGCUCUGUAGGCCUCUAUGAGAUUCUAUAAUGUUAAAAUGAUUUACACGCUCAUUCUGACAAACUGUAAUAUACUACAGAAAGCAUAGAGGAUACUAUAAAAUGACGUAUAGUGUAUAAUAGACCUGUGUUUAACCUUUAUGACCUUUCCAUAAGCUUUCCAUACAGACACUGCUGUGUGUGACUACAGGAGGUUUGUUUGAGGUUGGCAAAGUGACGUACCGUGUGUGUGUGUGUGUGUGUGUGUGUGUGGCUGUUGAGCUGCCCUCUAAAAAAGCUAAGACUCUGAAUAAUUCUUACUGCUGACCUUUCAGCCAGAGACUCUAUGUGUGUGUGUAUUUGUGCGUGUGUGCAUGCGUAAGCCCGUUGUAGCAGAAGCAUCUCCAUACCAAAUCUGGUGAACAGGCUGUAAUGGAGGUUGUCACGGCGACACAGGCUCAGAAAUAGCUUUAUUUCUUACGCUCCACACACAGCAUGACACGACCUAGUGAAGAAAAUACAAUCCUCCCUCUCUCUCUCUCUCUCUCUCUCUCUUUUUCUCUCUCUCUGUGUUGUGCCUUGCCACGCUUUCUGUCUCUUUCUCCAUGCUAAAAUAUAUUGCAAAACUAAUAACAAUAAUCAACUAUUAACAAUGAAUUACAAUAAAUUUAAUUACAUUCAUUUUUCUUCCCUCUCUCUCUAUCUUUAUUUCUCUCUGUCCUUCUUGCACUCUCUCUAUUUUCCCUUUCGCUCAUUUCUUUCUCGAUCUCUCUCUCUAAACUUCUGUUUAUUUCACACAGAGUGGCAUUAGUUGCAUGCUGUGAAAGCUGUGUGUGUGUGUUUGUGUACCUGCUAGGAUAGUGAUAGUCAUGCAGACAUAAGGUUGAGGUGUGACUUUCCAACUGUGUCAUAAUUAUAAACAUACUCACACACACACAUACACACACACACACACACACACACUCAUGCACGCAGCAUUGUCAUAAGCAUUGUCCUUCGUGUGGCAGCAAAAUAAAAGCAGAUCAAUGAAACCCAUAUAUAUUACAUUAUUCUUUAAAGUGGCCUCUGUAUUAAUUAAUACCUACAUUCUAUGUAUAGAUUAGAAACACCUGGAAAGGUCAUUUUACUCGCAAUGAAGAACAGAAAUACCACUGUGACCUGACAUUUAUACCACAGAAACACUGAUACCAACAGUGACACCACAAAAACACUGAUACCACCAAAACACUGUACACUACGGAAAACCUAGAUACCACAGAAACACUAAUACCGUCAAAACACUGUCAGGGUUCAUACAAGUUUUAAACCAAUACAUUUUCAUGAAUUUUCCAUUUUUUUAUUACCUCAAGGUUCAUUUUAUGACCAUACAAUGUUUUAAAACAUCAGCGCAGACAUGGACAAUAAAACCAAAAAUCAAGUAAAGCUAUUAUUAAAAUUGAUAUAAUAUAGUAGGUCUAAAAUGAAUCAGACAAAAUGUCGACACACAAUCUUAAAUAAUAAAAUGUGUCGGACCCUGAGAGCUCCGUUGUGUAGGCUUACAUUACUCUGAGCUGAAAUAGAUUGAAACACAAAGAUUUGUAGAGCAAAUUUCCAUGACUUUUUAAAAACUUUCUGCCCAUUUUUAUUAUCCCAAAACUUAUCCAGGCCUUGAAAUUGCUACUUUCAAAUUCCAUGACUUUUCCAGGUUUUUCAUGACCACUGGAACCCUGACUGCACACUAAAGAAACCUAGAUACCACAGAUACACUAAUACCACAGAAACACUGAUAUCACAGAAACACUAAUACCACCGAAACUCUGUACACUAAAGAAACCAAGGUACCACAGAAAAAACUGACACCACAGAAACACUCAUACCAAAUAAACUCAGAUACUAUAGAAGCACUUUUACACUACAGAAACACUGGACACCACCGAAACUCUAUACAUCACUGAAAAGCUGAUACUGCAGAAACCCAGAUACCAACAAAACUUAUACACUAGAGAAACCCAGACAUCACAGAAACACUAUACAACAGAAACACUAUACCACAUAAACUAUGGCAAUGAAUGCUAUAAUAGUGAUUUGUGGUAUGAGCUGCAUGUUGAGGUUUAUCUGUCACUUUCAUACAGACUGAUUUAAAGUUGAUCUGGCGUGCAGAGUGUUUGCUAAUGACAGUCAUAGAGUGUGAAGCACCUGCAGGCGCUCAGAUCCGAACCCAGCGUUCCCGUCCGGAUCACGGGAGCCAGUCUAAAAUUAGUCUCGCCAAUUAGAACCAUCAGAUCACUGAUAGCUGUUCUUCUUCAUCUGUCGAGCGAGAGAACCACAACAUUACUGCCGAAUCAACAGACUGUGUGUGUGUGUGUGUGUGUGAGCGCUACAGGCUAAAGUGCCAAAGCAGAGGAGGAGGAAGACGAUGUGGGAGAGAGGAAGAGUUUUCUUAGUAACUGAUAACAGUAAUUAAAAAGAGGGAGUGAAAGAGAGAGAGAGAAAAGGAGAGAGACAGAGAGAGACCAGAAUUGGUGGAUACAGAUUAUGAUCUGAAUGUAAUUUGUUACAUAACUGCAAUUAACUGAACUGCAAUUACAUGUAAUUAGAAUGUAAUUGAGUAAUUCUUUUUGAGUGGUACAGCAGUAAUGACAGUAAUACAGGUGAGUGCUAAAGCUUUGUGUGUGUGUGUGUGUGUGUGUGUGUGUAACUGUAUUAUAUUAGAAGUCUAAACUCACUUUCUAUAUUAUUUUAUUAGAUAUUUAAAAAAAGAUUUUUUCACUGUUGUUCAAAUAACCAUUAAAAAACAAUUAUUUCAACAAUAAUUCAUAAACAAUUUAGAAACCCUUUAUAAAGGAGCCUUAUUUUAAAGUGAUACCCAAAUUACUGUCCACAGAAAACUAUCCAUGGAAUUCUCACCCUAGGCUUAGUGUAUUUUGGCUUUUUUUUUCACUUUAUUAAAGAUCUGAUAUGUUUUUUGACACUUUUUGUUUAGUUCUGGGUCAGUUCAUUUUAUAUUUUGACUCCUUUUAGUUUAUUUAGAUUUUUUACUAUAUAUUCUGACUACUUUAAGUUAAAUGUUUAAGAGCAAUUGUAUCAUGAACAGUCAAAAAGUGAAUGAAGCACUUUACACUGACAUGCCAAAUGUCAUGGGACACGGGACUAGUAACAUGUCCCAUUAUUUUGGCAUAUUACAGAAUCUGUGGCAUAUGCGUGUGGGACAUUCUGCAGUUGAUUGUCUAUUCACUCGGACAGUUCUAGCCAGACACUGCUGGUCCCCAUCAUUACCACCCACUGCAGUGCUCUACUGGCAGCUAUGGGUGGUAAUAUUAGCCUUCUACAACAUAUUCCCGGUACACACGUCACACUGUGGGUCCAGGAAUGUUAAAUAUCCACACAACUUCAGAAAUAGAAUGAUCUAUCUAUCUGGCCAUCCAUGUUUAACCUCACCUACUAGAUAACACCUCACAACCUGUCCAAACGUGAGCAAUCCCAAGCCACCCUGUGAGUAAACACUGACUUUGGCAUAUCAGUGCUUUUAAUAUUUUUGUUUUGAUUUUAAAAUGUAUUGUGAUGGAAAUCUUCACUGUAAAUAUUGUAUAGAGUGUAAGGUCUCACUCUUUCUCUGUUAUUUUAUUAUUUUACUCUGUUAAAUAAUAACUUACUGCAUUCAUCAAUCAUUAUACCAUUAUAAACUUCUUCUGGUUGAUUAUGGUCUGUAAUCUGAGUGAGAAUCAUGUAAAAUGUAUAUAAUGGAUGGUACAUAAUGUGUUUAUUAUAAUAUACCAGUGUACAGUUAUGAGUAAAAGCCUGUGUACCUUUUGGAAUUGUUUGUAAAUCUAUAUUAAACUAAUGUUUCAUGUU